UAUAAAUCCAGGAAUCUGAGAUGAACGAAUGAACUGAAGUAUAGAAACCAAAGACAGUGUUAGUUGAUGUAUAUCUGCAUGAUUUAUUAAGUUGCACCAGCUCUCCAUCUUCACCUUCAACGAGAGGGAUAUCAACGGUUUGGUGAGGGAUCCCUGUCAAGCAGGCUUGACUUUCUUUGCUGACCAACGCUCCCUCCACCUAUUGCACACAUCUGCACCCCUUGAGUGCGUAAAGAUGGCUCCUUCACUGCGCACAGCUGUUUCCAGGCGCUGGUGGAUGGCCGUAACAGCGGUGAUCGAGAACCUGCUUUUCUCUGCUGUGCUGCUAGGAUGGGGUUCCCUGCUGAUCAUGCUCAAGUCUGAAGGCUUCUACUCAUACCUCUGUUCUGGGAACAGCUCAGACAGUCAGCUCAAUCAGUCCUCGUCAGCCAUCAAUCAGUCCUCAGACGACCAGGGCAUGGACGCUGCAGAGAAAGCUGAGGAGGAACCCCUGAAGCUUCGAGGGUGGCCAGUGUGCAAGGACCAGGAUGAGAUGCUGAACCUGGCCUUCACCGUGGGCUCCUUCCUGCUGAGUGCCAUCACUCUGCCCCUGGGCAUCGUCAUGGACAAAUACGGCCCACGCAAACUGCGCCUGCUGGGCAGUACCUGUUUUGCCUUUUCUUGUAUCCUGAUUGCCUAUGGAGCGAGUGAUCCAAACAAUCUGUCCGUUCUCAUCUUUUUCGCUCUGGCACUGAAUGGCUUCGGAGGGAUGUGCAUGACCUUCACCUCCCUGACACUGCCGAACAUGUUUGGUGACCUCCGAUCGACAUUCAUCUCUCUCAUGAUCGGCUCCUACGCCUCCUCGGCCGUCACCUUCCCCGGAAUUAUGGUGAUUUAUGAUUUGGGCGUGGCCCUCAUCACCAUCCUCUUGGUGUGGGCUGGUUGCGCUGGCCUGGUCUUCAUCAACUGCUUCUUCAACUGGCCCCUUGAACCUUUCCCUGGUCCAGAGGAUAUGGACUACACUGUGAAGAUCAAGUUCAGCUGGCUGGGCUUCGACCACAAGAUCACCGGAAAGCAGUUCUACAGGCAGGUGACCACUGUGGGCCGUCGCCUCAGCGUGGGGAACUCCCUGAAGCACCACCACUCAGAGAAGCUGGCCACUCAGGAGGGCAACAAGCUCUGUCUCUCCACCGUAGACCUUGAGGUCCAGUGCAAGGCUGAGGAUGAAACUCAGUCGUUCAUGCGCAGCAUCUUCAGCCCCAUCUUCAUGCUCAGCCUGAUCACCAUGUGUGUCACUCAGCUGCGCCUCAUCUUCUACAUGGGGGCCAUGAACAGCAUCCUUGAGACGCUUGCAGAUGGCAACCUCAACACAGUGCAAAGGAUGGAAGUCGUGAGUGUGUACACCUCUAUCUUCGGCGUGCUGCAGCUCCUCUGUCUCCUCACUGCGCCGGUGAUCGGUUACAUCAUGGACUGGAAGAUGAAGGAGUGUGACGACGGGGAGGAGAAGGGCGGCAGCAAGGACCCUACUCAGCCUAAGCGGCGCGAUCGGCAGAUCCAGAAGAUCACCAACGCCACACGCGCCUUCAUCUUCACCAACUUGCUGCUUGUCUGCUUCGGCUUCGUGUGCCUGAUCCCCAACCUUCCCCUUCAGAUCCUGUCGUUCGUUUUGCACACAAUUGUAAGGGGUUUCAUCCACUCUGCUGUUGGUGGUCUGUAUGCUGCUGUCUACCCGUCCUCUCAGUUUGGCAGUCUGACAGGCAUGCAGUCUCUCAUCAGCGCUCUGUUUGCCCUGCUUCAGCAGCCUCUGUUCAUGGCCAUGAUGGGUCCAUUAGAAGGAGACCCACUCUGGGUGAACGUGGGCCUGCUGGUGGUGAGCAUGCUGGGAUUCUGCCUGCCCCUCUACCUCCUGUGCUUCAGCCGCCAGCUCCGCCGCGAGAAGAAGGAGCGCGAGGAAGACCCGAAGAUCUACGUGAAUAUCAGCAAAAGCAACAGUGGCCUUCAUGGAACCAAUGGCGUCACUAGCACUAAUGGCACCAAUGGCAUCACUGGCACCAAUGGCAUCAAUGAACUGGGCAGCCCAGGGGAUAACCAAGAUGUCUUUGUCUAAAGUCUGAUAUGGAGAGAUGUGGUGAGAGAGGGUGAGAGGGUGAGGCAAAGAAAAGAAGGACAAAGGGAUGAAAGAGAGAGAGUAGAGAGCUUGAGGCCUUGUGUAUGAUUACUUACCCAGGUCCUCAGGCCAAGUUGUCCUUCCCCCUUUUACUCUCAGAUGGACCCUGACAUUCCUGCACACUCAAACACACAUUCACAGAGGUACCACUCAAAUACCACUAAAACCACAGUAUGUCAGGAACACAGUAGUGUUGCCCUUUGAGAUCUGACGCUCGAGUCCACAUCUCUUGUCAAGAGACACGCGCACAUACACAUUGAUUACAUACUCCGAAGAGAAGACUGAUGUACACAACUUUCACUGUGAAACACGACACAAGCGAUAACACAUGGCGACACUAAACCACGUCUGCACAAGCCCCUCGCCCAUCUCACAUUUAGCCACUGAGCCCUCAGCACCAUUGAUCUUGCCAUCACCACAAGAGCCGACAGUCUUGGAGGCCACAAGUGAACUCACACGAGACUUAAGGUCACAGAGCAAGGGCAGAUGACCGUCUCAACAACAGACCUUGACCCCCCCAACCCUUGCUGCUUGUGUGUUGUUGUGACCCCUGCUACUUGCCCUGCCACAUGCCAUGUCAGUUUGGGCUGCCCGUCGAGACCGAGUUAGUCACUGAGUGUCUUCGAAUGCUGAGUGUCAAGAAGCCUGAACACCGAUGAUCAGAAGUGCUUCAGAUGACCUGGACUUUGAAACCAGUCUUCACCCUGAGGUGUUACAGUGAUUUUCUGAAAUCACUACGGUAAUGUUGAUACUUUGCCAAAAAUGUCUCCUUUGGAACAGUUCUCGUCAACAUCCACUGGGUUACCUGGCUUUGAUCAAUGUUUAGUAGAGGUUCUUUAGCAGAGAAGAAACUAGAUCAGAGAACAAAGAAAGUGGCAUUGUAGUCUGGUCAGAAGGUUCUCCAGCGUUUACACACUUCACAUAAUGGGUGUUUUAAACUAGCAUGUUUUGAGCUUCUUGGCAGGUUUUUUUUGCUGCACCAUUUGCCUCAGAGUGUUCUUGCUCCUUUUCUUUUAAAUAUAAAAAAGCAAUGACUCGCAGAGGUGCAGUUUUGGAAUGUUCUGUAUUCAAGAAGUGAUAAAGACCUUACAAACUAUUCUUUUGCCUCCCAGUACCACCCCAGGGAUCUGGGAAGACUUAACUGUCCGCAUUUGGUGUCAUGGCAGAGGCAGAACUGAGGCAGAUGCUUUUGAUGAUUUGGGGUGGGGGGAGGGGGGUGUCGAACGUGGACCUGAUCAUACAGUAGUGUCAUUGUGGAUAUUUUACAGGGACUUAAAAUUCUGUGUUUACUUUUCCCCAAAGCUUUUAUCACAAAGCAUGGCAUAGAGUGAACUUCUCACCAGCAAUAAUGUACCACGACACAACCUGCACAGUUAACAGACGAGUACCAAUCAUUAGAGCAUUUCUCCCAGCUACUCAAUCAUGCCAUACUACUGUCUUUGCUGUUGCCUAGGGUUACUGUUAUGUUAACGUUUCUCUGGAGAUUCUUUGUGUAUGUAUUCUACACCAGAUACUGUAUCUGUCUGGGAAUCUGGUAUUAUACAGUAAUAAUUUUAUCAAAGGUAUUUUACCUGCAAUAUGAUCCAGUUCAAGUUUUCUUCUGUCUUACAACAAUGUGUAUUAUUUGGAAAGAUAAAACAGAAGAAGCAGUUACAUAGUUCAGAUUUUUUAAACAAGAGAUAUGCUGAUAAGGAUGAACCAUCGUUGCCACUUAUCCAUGACCUGCAUUAUACUAUCUGGGUAAAGUGGAGGUUAUGGAGGAUUUGAUGUAGCAAUAAGUGUUUCUGUGAGCCACCUGGGAAUAGUUUACAGUGCUCUUUUCCACUUACACUGUUUUGCAACCUCAAGUGCAUACACACAAGCAUGCCUGCUCUCAGUUGGUAAAGUCCUUAGGAGUUACACGGAAUGGGCAUGUUUCUGUCUAUGUUUACAGAACAAGAUAGAGAUUUUCUCUUCACAGUGUCAGCCUUAAUGGUGCUUCUUAGUAAUUACAGAACUAUGGACACACUUUUUUAUGGUGGUCAGGUUGUAAACCUUUUUAGAUCAGUCUUCAGUACAUUUUCAUAUUGAGAGCCACAUUUCACAUUUCAGGCAAAAAAGUACUUGAAAAACUUGAAUAAUAUUUUAACUAUCAAAAAAGGGAGCUGAAGAGAUGCUUGAAUAUCUGUGCCUAAUUCUUGAUGCACACUCUUGUAACUGUGAGGUUAAAACACAGUGUAUUGGGAGCACAAAAGGGUUGCCCUUGGAAAUCCUUGGGGGCAACUCGAAUUUCUCCAAACUUGACUCACAAGGAUUUUGCUCAGCAGUCACUCACAGAAACACUUCCAAAGACAGCCGUCUGUAGAGGGGUACCGACACACAUUUUGGGAAUAGGAUUAUGGCAAAGGUUGUUCCCCCAGUAGACCAUAUUCCCUGCAUUCAUUUUAACCUUGUUAUCCCAGCUGAGUCCCACUUUGAUGCAUAGAUCCCCUAGCAGACCUGUUUCUCUGGACCUAACUCAUACCCUGUACACAGUGCAGAGGGUACUAUGAUCACCCUGUCCAGUGAGUGAAUAAAAGAGAGAAGAGAAUGGCACAUACGCACUUUAAUAUCUCAUCAAGUUGUGUCCAAUUUGUCCCGUGAUGAAUGUUAUUGGUUAAGGCACAGUCAGAAGCCUCCAGGUUAAAAGUGAAAUAAAGAAAAAGUAUGGUCUGUGCCCCCAACGUGUCUUUGGUCAGGGAUGCAAGCUGUUUGUUAUUUUUGUAUUAAUAGAGAAAUGCUUGCACUCUACAUCAACACCCCCUCCUCCUUUUAUUGUUCUCUUACAUCAGUUCAUCCAUGUCCAGGUCACUGACCCUUGUCGUAAUUGACAGCAAACAUGGAGGUAGCAUUCCCCUUUCACAUUUUUGCUGUCAUUCUCUCUCUCUCUCUCUCUUUCUCAGUCACGCGCACACAUACACUGUACACAGAGAAACAGGUCAAUGGUACCCCAAACCCGUAAUCUUUAUACCCUUUUCGGAUGAAUAUCUUUUGACAAUAAUGGACAAUUUGGGCUGUGUAGACUAUAGUGUGCAUGUGUCCCAGAAUGACAGCUUUAAAUAGCUUGAACAUGCUUAGAAAUUGCAGGUGGAAGAAAAUAAUGAUGCAGUACUGUACUCCGGCGCUAUGAAUGUGGGUUUAUGGUUUUCAUUCCCUCAGAAUGGGAGAUUCAGCACUUUUUCACUGCCAUACCUUAAAUGGUCAUCCUCUUUUUAAAUCAACCAUGUGUUUCGUUGUAAAUGUAACACAUUAACUAGCCCCUGUUUUAAACAUUACAGUGUCCUGGUAUGAAAGGAAAAGGCUAUUGACAUGGUGAGUAAUUAUGGGGAUAGUAACCAGAUUCUUGAUGUCAUGAGUCAUCAUCUUGAACUCCAAUGUUUUACCUGACUUUUGUAUAUACCAUGUGCAUUUUGUUUAUUUUGACAUCUUUUUUAGGCUUUCUUUUUGAUGUGUCAAAACAUGUUAUGUCUUUAUAUGAUAUCAGUCAUCCUAUAUUAAAGUAGCUGUUGUUGACAUUUUGAGUAAUUGUUGAAACAAAAAUCAAUUAUAUGUAAAAUAAACCAAAAGUAAUUUGUACAAA